AUGCAUGAAUACCGAGACCAUACAGGACGUUUCUCGCUGAUUAACAAAAAUGCGAAUAAUUACGAAACUCUAAUUGAAGAAGAAAUGAACAAUGUGUAUGAGCGCGUAAAAAAAUUAGAUCCGAACCAAGAAGAAUUCUUACAAGCAUUUCAUGAAGUACUGUAUUCUUUAAAACCUUUGUUUUUGGAAGAACCGAAAUAUUUGCCUAUAAUUGAAAUGUUAUCAGAACCAGAACGAGUUGUACAAUUUCGAGUAUGCUGGUUAGAUGAUAGAGGGAUUCAAAGAAAAAAUCGCUGUUUUAGGGUUCAAUAUAACAGUGUGUUAGGUCCUUAUAAAGGAGGGUUACGAUUUCAUUCGUCAGUAAAUUUAUCCAUAGUAAAGUUUUUAGGUUUUGAGCAAAUUUUUAAGAAUUCGUUAACAGGAUUAUCAAUGGGUGGAGGAAAGGGAGGGUCUGAUUUUGAUCCUAAGGGAAAAUCAGACAACGAAAUUUUGAAAUUCUGUCAAAGUUUUAUGAAUGAAUUAUAUAGACAUAUAGGGAAUUGUACAGAUGUACCUGCUGGAGAUAUUGGUGUAGGAGGAAGAGAAAUUGGUUAUUUAUUUGGUCAGUAUAAGAAAAUUGUAAAUAAUUUUAACGGAACCUUAAGUGGAAAAAAUGUGAAAUGGGGAGGAUCUAUUUUAAGAACAGAAGCAACAGGCUAUGGUUUAAUUUAUUUUGUUUUAGAAGUAUUAAAGUCUUUGAAUAUUUCAGUAGACAAACAAGUAGCUACUGUUAGUGGUAGUGGAAAUGUCGCUCUAUAUUGUGUUCAAAAAUUAUUACAGUUAAAUGCUAAAGUUGUAACAUUAAGUGACAGUGAUGGUUAUAUAUAUGAACCUAAUGGUUUUACAAUUAAUGAUUUGAACUUCCUUAUACAAUUAAAAGAAGUUAAAAAAGGAAGAAUUAAAGAAUACUUAAAUCAUUCUUCUACUGCUAAAUAUUUUUCUAAUGAGAAACCAUGGGGUGUCCCAUGCACCUUGGCUCUUCCAUGUGCAACUCAAAAUGAAAUAGACUUAGAAGAUGCAAAAAAAUUACAUAAAAAUGGGUGUAUUUUGGUGGCUGAAGGCGCAAAUAUGCCAUCGACUGUUCAGGCAAUUAACUAUUUUAAGUCAAAUCAAAUUAUUUUUUGUCCUGCAAAAGCUGCGAAUGCUGGGGGGGUAGCAAUUAGUGGUCUUGAAAUGAGUCAGAAUUUUCAAUUAACACAGUGGACAAGAGAAAUAGUUGACGAGAAAUUAAAAGGAAUUAUGAAAAACAUAUUUAUGACAUGUUCAGAAAAUGCUUUAAAAUACACAAAAAAUAAAUAUGAUUUACAAGCAGGGGCUAAUAUAGCUGGUUUUUUAAAAGUUGCUGAAUCUUACAUUGAACAAGGUUGCUUUUAG